AUGGCAAAUAUAAGCAAAUACCCCUUGGUGUCUUACCAACCCUUGCGUUUCCUCUACCAGCUCGCCGCGGCAGCAUCAAUAAUAGCACGCCUCCCCUUCUGGAUCGUUAUUGGACUUGUCCCCGCUCUACGGCCCAACAGGCAAUGGUCACUCCUCCAGACCGUCACGGCGCGGCUCCUCCGUUGCUCGCUAGACAUGGACUCAGUCAUCGGCCUCGGUGAAAGCGAGACCCAGUCGCUCGCACCACCCCGGGGGGAAGGCGACCGCUUCGAAGUGAUCCAGCCCUUCGAGGCAGACCUCUACACGGGGCCCCUAGCCUCAGACCCCUCUGUCACCCCGGCUCCAGUCGGCGCCGCCUGGCGGCCGGACCCACCCCCAUCCCCGGCGGGCCUGAAGAAGGUAGUGCUGCACAUCCACGGCGGCGCCUUCGUGCGCGACCACCCACAGACGCCAGCAUCCGGGUUCCUGAGCAGGACGCUGAUCGACGUCGCGGGCGUCGACGCGGUCCUCGCGCCGCGGUACCGCCUCUCGGGCCACGGCGGGCAGAACCCAUUCCCGGCGGCGCUGCAGGACGCGCUGACGACGUACCUGCACCUGGUGCGGCGGCUGGGCGUCGACCCGGCCGCCGUGACGCUGUCGGGCGACAGCGCGGGCGGCAACAUCGCCGUCGCGCUGCUGCGGUACCUCGACGCCUUUGGCGGCGCGCUGGGGGUCCCGCGCCCGGGCCGCGUCUUCCUCAUCGCCCCCUGGGUCGCGCCGGCCGCGUGCUUCCCGCGCCGGCCCGUGGGUGAGCUGGCCGUUGAGGAGAUGCCGCACUAUGGCUCGGAUAUCCUGCCGUCGUCGUUCCUGCGCUGGGGAGCAAAGACGUACGCGCCUGGUGGGGACGUCGAGGCCUCCAGGGGCAACCCGUAUAUUCAGGCUCUGGGCCACCCGUUUAGGGCGGGCGUGCCGGUGCUGGUGAGCGUGGGCGAGGCUGAGAUCUUAUCGACGGACGGGACGGCGUGGGCGCGUGAGAUGAGGGAGUUUGGGGGUGGCGGUGUCAACCACAUCGAAGUCUAUCACGAGGAGAACGCGCCUCACGAUACGCUGCUUAUUGGGGACGCGCUGAAGUGGGAGGAUAGUGCGAGGAAGGUCGCUGCUAGGAUUGGGGAGUUCAUUGAAAACAACUAG